AUGACACGCCAACACAAUGAUUUUCGCCCCCCCGCCGGCCUGACGGGAUGCCCGCAGGUAGGAGGGCGGCCACGCGGGCGCCGGGCUUGCCGCACGCGGCCUUUCGUCGACGCCAGCGCACCCGCUUCCCUCGUCGUACUCCCCCAAAAAGCACCGCCUCCUCUUUCCUGUUUUUCUCCCCGCCAACCGUCGCCGACGCGUGAGGGGAAAACAAAGCAAGGAGCCAGCGCGCAAGGUGGAUCCUGCCGCCGCACCGAUGGACGCGCGCCUCGUCCCGCCGCCGCCGCUGCUGCUGCUGCUGCUGCUGUGCUCCAUCGAGUCUCCAAACGUCAACGUGUGUCUCGCCUCGCCCGGCUCGCAAGCGUUCGGACCCGGCGGAACUCUUCAUCCUCAUCCGCGGCAGCGGCAAGACAGAGUCCCGUCCGUGUCCCUCCUGGCCUCCGCCCCGCUCAGCGGGGCUCGGGAAGGGCGCCGCCUGCUGGUUUGCUUGGUCAGCGGGUGCGAAUCUCCGCCUACCGUCCUUUGGUGGUCGGACGACGAGCCGCUGACGCCGCCCGCUAUGGCGUCCGGGACGUGGGCGGGGCCGGACGGCGACCACGGCGCCACCGAGGUGUGGGAGGUGGCGGGACGGCCUCCCGCUUCUGCCGCGUCGUACGCGUGCGGGACGGUCCAGCGGGGGCGCGUGUACCAACAGACGCUGCGCACGCCGUAAACAGGGCCAAGCUACAAACAUGGCCGCUCGGGGUCACGCCAUUAAAACACGACAAGGCAACCUUAUGCGGCGGCCUGGUGGGGGCGGGGGCGGCAGCGGGGGGGCUACUUUGCUCCCUUUGGUUCUCUGAGGGCGCGGCCCCCUCGUCUCUGGGGGCGGGGGCGGCCGCCUCAGGGGGCAGGUCCCGCUGCACGCUGCUCUGCCGCGACGUCCCCGAGGCGGGAAUCUCGCAGCUGUCGGUGCGGCGGCGAGACGACUCGUGCAUCCGACUGGUCGCCACCACCGCCUUCAUGGCCGCCUGCCGGAUGGCGCGCGGGCUCACCUUCAGCUUGCGCCUGGCGUUGAACUCUUGCAGCUUCCUGUGCGCCGUGUCCAUGUGCGAGAAGCGCGCCGCCUUGCCCAGCACCCACGGGUUUCUUGGCUCUCGACUUGAGGACUCCUUCAACAAAGAGCAGAGCAGCUCGUCGGCCUCUCUAUUGGACGCUCGAGCCGUCACUCAAAACUCAGCCCGCAGCGACGCGCGUGCCCACGUUUUCGUGACGUCAUUGCGUCGCACACAGAUCUCACUUCAAGUGAAUGGUUUAUGCUCUACGGUAAACGCCUAUUCGAUUGCUGGAGCGUUCUCCAAAGAAUCAUUGGAUGAAGAGUCGCCGUGCUGCCUACGAGUGGCCACCGAGGGGCGCGGCGUUCGAGCGCGACCGACGUUUGGACGUGAAGUCGUCACGCGCGCGCAGCGUCACUCCACUUCCUGGUCGGCGCGUACUUUGUCAACAAAGCAGACCGGCGAGUCGAGUUCGGGAGAAGGCUUCUUUCUUCGGCUUCCCUCCAAGUUGCCUUUCGUUUCAAUGGCGGCGACCGCGCGCUCGGCGCUCGUUCUUCCCCUGCUGCUCGUUCUUCUUCCAGUGUGGCGGACGCUCGCGGUUUUGGGGGCGCCGCAAGCGCACGAGGCGAGCGGCCCCGCCGCGGGUUCGAGCAACAGCAACAGUAGCGGCGCCGCCGCCGCCGGAGGUGCCGGAAAGGAAGGGCAGACGCUGAGCGGCUUCAACGCUGACUCCUCGAUGGUGCAGCGAGCCUUGUACGUGCUGGUGGCCAUCACGGCCUUCGGCCUGCUUUACUUCCUCAUCAGGGCCGUGCGCGUGAAGAAGACGUCCCCGAGGAAGAAGUACGGACUGCUGGCCCGCUCGGAUGACGCGUUGGAGCUGACGGCGGCGGUGGCGAGCGACGACGAUGACGACAACACGCUCUACGAAGCUCGCCCCCUCCGCAGGACAGAAGUCGCGCCGUGACGCGGCACCGCCCACGAAGUCACUUGGCGUGUUCGCCCGAGUCACCGGAGAAGACGAUCGACGGCCAGCCUCCGGCGGGAAAAUCAACCAAAGAAGACUUUUCGUUUUGUUUGUUAUUUUUUUGUGAUACAUUUUGUUCAUUUUUUUACAUUAGUUUGACAUUUAUUGCGGAAUUUGUUUUAUUUUUACUUUAAAAGAUAUUAUAUAUUUUUUGUUGUUGUUUUUGCUGUUUUUCCAAAGAGGAGGAGGAGCUAGCUGACUGUCGUCACUCGUGAUUGGUCCGAUCACUUUUACCAAUCUUGGUGUUGAGCAUCAUGGGUAAUUUGGACUUUUUUUUUGGACUGAGUAUGGGGUGUCACGGUGGCGGGUGUAUUGCUGACGUAUGUCCAGCAGGUGUCGUUUGGACCAAAACAUCCACUUUUUUUCCCCUAAAGCAAAUUAAAAUGGAUACUUUUUCUAUGAG